AGAAGCAGUAGCGGUUUCACUCUGCUCUCACAGUCCAUCCUGUGAAGAGGCUCGCUGCUGCUGCUCUGUGAUUUGAAGCAGCAAAAGCCAUGUCUUCGGUAGUCUACGCUCUGCUCAUCAUCCUGUGCAAUGUUUGGUGCUUGAUCCGUGGGGCUUCUGUGGCGGUCCCAGAUGUUGCUGUGAGAUGUGCUGAAGAAGUGCUGCUGCCCUGUAAAGUUCUUCGGGACUCCUCAAUCACCUACCAGACAGCAACUUGGUAUAAAAGCUCACUGAGAAGAGUCUGGCUUCAGCUUCUUUAUCCCCCUGGCAAUCAGAUAUCUGGAGAUAGCAAAGGAAUAGCAUGGCAAGUCCUUGAUGUGGAAUCUCAUCCAAAAGAACUUGGGGGGUCCCUGGAGCUCUCCAAUGACACCUCCUUUUCACUGAGGAUCAAAAAUGCGACCAGCCGAAACAGCGGGACAUAUAAGUGCAUUUUGGGGGAACAGAGUGAAGAACGCAAUCUGAGCAGCACAGUCACAUUACAAGUAACAGGUUGCCCUGGAAUAGAAGAUGAAAAAUUAAAAAAAUACAAAACCGAGCUUUUCAUGCUGACCUGCCUUGGGAUUUUUUACUUGCUGCUCAUCUUUUUUACCUGUACAUGUCUAAGAAAAGACAGUAUGUCUCCCAAUUAUCAAAAAACCAGACCAGAUAUGAAACACAUGCUCACCCUCAUCAAUGUACACGAAAUGAUAACUCUCCAGGAUUUAAACAGCAACAGCACUUGCAAAAAUGAGCUUACUUCAAGUUCUGUCUAAGUUGACAUUGACAGCACCAUGGGCUCAUCAGUAGACAUGACACGAGCUGGAUGGCCGAGCGGUAUGGAGAGGAAAUAAACGCUAAUGCAUGGCCUCUUCAAAACAGCCUGAAAGUGUAGGUAACCUGUCGGUGAUCUGCUCGCGCCAGACAAGCCUUCGAAAAAGCACUCUUAUGCACUACAGUAACUUUUAGGAGGUAAGCAGCUAAGAAAUACCAUUACAGCUACACAACGGUGUUACGAUGCUGUUAUGAAGUUGCCGUCAACUUUAUUUCACUCUGCUGUGCAGCCCUCUUGUUUUGGGCAAGAACACGCCCGUGCCAUGGAGGCCAGGUUACGGGGAGGCCACGACAGCACAAAGCUGAGGGAUUAAGCUCUUCACUGAACUAACAGCUCUCAUCUUUCAAAAGCAAACACAACAGGUGCUACAGUAUGGAAAGAUAAGCGUGCGGGGCUGCGUCUGCUCCGUGCUCUCAGCCUGAUGCUGGAUGGAGUUCCUUUAGUGCAAGCGGGAUGUAAAUUGUCCUGUGAUGUUCAAGUAAGCUGAAGAGGUAACUUCAUGCUCUUGUCCUGGGUGAAUCAGAUCAACAUUUGUUUUUAAAUCUGAGCAUGACAGGCUGAAAUGUAAGAAGGGAGAAAAUGUUCUGGAAAUCUUGUCUGGACCAAGAGGAACUUUCUGUCUCUGCAAGAGAAGUAGGGAUGUACUUGCAUAAUGGGUCCAUCAGUUAUUUCUCAGAGGCAUCUCCAUAGGAAGUUUCAAUGAGACUGUUAACCUUAGAGCAGUGAAAGUAGGAACGAAGCAGCCUGUGAAAUUAAGGACGUGUAAAGCUGACUUAUUUUGUGGUUUAUAAAACAUGAAGCCAAACGUAUGCAACACCCAUGUCAGUCAAGUUACACAAGCAAUGACCAAAGCCAUGGCUUUGAAGAAAGCUGUCCAUAUCUUUGGGAUAUAUUGUCAGCUGUGAGAUACAGGAACGGAAGAUGAGGCAUAUGAAGACCUGCUUUUGGUGCUGACAGUGUGUAGUAUAUGCGAAACAGGGACAUGAGAAAAGCUGAACUCAGGCACACAGUAUAAGGGAGAGAAAGCUUGUCCUCUUGGACUGAAGAAAGCAAGAGAGAUUCUGGAGUCUGAAAUCAAGGAACCUCCUUUAUCGGGCUGCUGGUGCAGAACAUGAAGCAAGGAGUCUGGAAUGACUGUGGGCAUAUAUGCCACAACAUGAGAAUUUGCAAGCACUUAAGAACACAAUCUUAAAAAAAAAACAAAAACAAAACCUUCAAGAGUUAAACUGCAACAUUAGGCUGCUAAUGACAAAAAAUUAAACUGCUAUGACAAAGAUGCUAUUUCUGUAAUCCUUUGACUAAUUUUGAAGCGCUGAUGGGAGGAAAGCACUGUGCAUCACUCAGUAGUGCCUCUGUGAGCAGGGCAGAUGUCUCCAUUGAUGGAGUCAAAGGGGGUCCUGACCAGAAGAAUGGUUACAAGGGAUAUGCAAUUUACUUAGAGCAUAGUAAAUUAAUGCCACAUUUUCAUUUUAUAAUCAAUUUUUUAUAUAUAAGUGUGUGUAACAUACUUGAAAUAAAAAUUGAGAGGUAACCUACCAUUUGUUUUUGUGUGCUGCUAUGGCAAAUAAACCCAGAAAUACUCUG